CGGACUCGGCCGAGGCCGUCCGCCCGGUUGGUUUUUCGGUUGCUGAGCGCCGGAGCCCGGGCGGCCUGCGGUCGGGCUGAGACGCGCGGAGCAAUGGCGACCUUUGUCAGCGAGUUGGAGGCGGCCAAGAAGAACUUGAGCGAGGCCCUGGGGGACAACGUGAAACAAUACUGGGCCAACUUGAAGCUGUGGUUCAAGCAGAAGAUCAGCAAGGAAGAAUUUGACCUUGAAGCUCACAGACUUCUCACGCAGGACAAUGUCCAUUCUCACAACGAUUUCCUGCUGGCCAUUCUCACGCGCUGUCAGAUUCUGGUUUCUACACCAGAGGGUGCUGGAUCGCUGCCCUGGACAGGAGGUUCUGCAGCCAAGCCUGGAAAACCCAAGGGAAAGAAAAAGCUCUCUUCUGUUCGUCAGAAAUUUGAUCAUCGAUUCCAGCCUCAGAAUCCUCUCUCAGGAGCCCAGCAGUUUGUGGCAAAGGAUCCCCAAGAUGAUGAUGAUUUAAAACUGUGUUCCCAUACCAUGAUGCUACCCACCCGCGGCCAGCUGGAGGGAAGGAUGAUCGUGACCGCCUAUGAGCACGGGCUGGACAACGUCACGGAGGAGGCUGUGUCCGUUGUUGUCUGUGCGGUGGAGAAUCACCUUAAAGAUAUACUGACAUCUGUCGUGUCAAGAAGGAAAGCCUAUCGGUUACGCGAUGGCCAUUUUAAGUAUGCUUUCGGAAGCAGUGUGACCCCACAGCCAUACCUGAAGAAUAGCGUGGUGGCGUACAACAGCCUGAUAGAGAGCCCUCCAGCCUUCGCUGCCCCCUGCGCCGGUCAGAACCCAGCGUCUCAGCUGCCCCCUGAUGACGCCGAGCAGCAGGCUGCGCUGCUACUGGCCUGCUCCGGGGACACUGUGCCCGUGUCUCUGCCCCCCGUGAACAUGUACGACCUUUUCGAAGCUUUGCAGGUACACAGGGAAGUCAUUCCUACCCAUACUGUGUAUGCCCUUAACAUUGAGAGGAUCAUCAUGAAACUCUGGCACCCAAAUCACGAGGAGCUGCAGCAAGACAAGGUCCACCGGCAGCGCCUGGCCGCCAAGGAGGGGCUCUUGCUCUGCUAGGACCCUCGCCCAGCCCAGGCCGAGCUUUUGGGUACACUUUUCAAGGCUGAAGUGUAUAAUGUAUAUAUAACCUUUCCUAUGGAAAUGUGACAUUGAGUACAUUUUGUGUUGCUACUGUGAAGCCACGAACAGGAAUCUAACUUUGCCAAGGGCUCCUAUUGCUGAAUGCCUGUGCUCCCAGUUGUGGGAGCAGGCACCGACCACGUCCCGUGCCAGGAAUGGACAUGUUUUAGCAUCGGAAGCUUAGCACUUGACUUGCUAGGACAAGGAAGCUGUUGCAACUUGGUCUCCAGGCUCAGCAGGACAUGCUGUGCUCACUGACAUCACAAACGCCAGAUCUGGCAGGCCCCAAGUUGCUGCCAUUCUGCUGCAUCCUGCGUGUGCAUCUGGGUUGAAGUGACCUGCACAGUGUUAAUCACAUCAGCUCCUCGAGGGACCAGUUUCCUCUGUGAACACCUGAGAAAUGUAUCAUCACGACUCUACCUAUGGAAAGUAUAACUUGGAGGUGCUGUGCAAUUUGAUACAAUAAAGUUAUGCUUAAAAUCAAACUGAACUCUUGGAAUACAAUUAAUCAACCUUAUUAAACGUUAAUAACUAGAGUUUUUGGCCUUUUUUUUGGGGGUGAAUAUGCCAAAGGAUUGGCAGAUUCUUUUGUUGUCAUUAUAGAAUAUAUUUUAAGAGCUCCAUGAAUUGUAUUUAUGCUUGGUAACACUUCCUAUGAAAUGCUUCCACCCUUUCAAGUGAUAAAAUGAAAACAAUUUACAUGUGACAGUGUUACUGAUAAUUAACUGUUUUUUUCUUUUUAAAGAUGUUGCUUCUUACUGAAGAGUUAGUGUUGAUGGAUAAAUUAGAAUAUAGAUGCAUUUGUGUAGGAUAUAUAGAUGUGAACAUAUGGUUCUUAUAUCUGGAUGUGUUUGAAUUUGUACUUUGACGAUGACAAAUAAAUCUUUUGGAAGA